AUGGAAACCAUUCCACUAAAGAUGGCCAAAGCGAGUUCCACUGGAUCCACCGAUCUGAAGUUUGACGAUUCUGUUAAGUUCUACCUGCAACUUCUUGCCGAGAUUGGUUGCAGAGUGACAUGGACGACGACGAGGAAGCUUGUGCCGGUGCAGUCGAUUGUCAAACUAAUGCGCAUCAUUAAACGGGUAAAGGCAACACCCCAAAGCUUCUACGACAAGAUGGUACCCAUGGAUGACCCACGUCAGAAAGCGAUUGCAACAGUGUACUCCAAACUUGUGUACUAUUCGUACAUGGCAGGAGACAUUCUUCUUUUUGUUUUGGCUACAUGUAAAUUGGUGGAAAUGACGCUAGAUUUUGGCGUCAAUGAAUUCUCUGCCAAGAGCUUCGCAUCGCUUGGGAGUGCUAUCAUCAUGUCCAUGGAAGAUUUCAAGACUGCGACUACGUUCAACAUGAUUGCGAUGUCAAUGCUUGAGAAGUUUCGAGGAAUGCACAGUAGCGAAACAACCUUCCUCAUCUUUGGUGCAAAUUUGUGUUGGGUCAAACCGCUCAAUGAGUUGGUUGCACCAAUGGGCAAUGUCGUUACCGAGGGCCUGAGAUCCGGAGAGCCCGAGUUUGCUAUUUGGAAUCUGGUCUCAAGCAAGAUAUCGAUCCCCUAUGCGAUGGGUCGACCUCUAGCCUCCAUUUUGAACGAGUGCCCAAAGACUCUAAUCCAGUGCGAGGAUGCUGCCCAAUCGUUCAAUGCAAUGGCCGUGCAGGUUAUGUGGCAAAUGAUGAAGAACCUCUCGGAUCCUUCAUGUCCCAAUCCUUCCGAGCUCGAAGGCGAUAUUUUCAGUGCAGAAAGCGACAACGAGACUACCAACACUCAUUUAGCCUUUGUCCACUUCGCUCAGGGUGAAUUGGCCUUGUUCAAUGACGACUUUGAAAACGCUGCCAAGAGAGCUCUCAAAGUGAAAGAUAUUUUUGCCAAGCUUUGCCCAUGUUUCUUGCUCGAUUUCGCCGAGCCAUUCUCCAGAGCAGUUCCACUGUACGCUGCUGCCCGCAGCACCAAAAAGAGAAAGUAUCGAGUGGAAGCCAGGAGACUUUUGAAAAUGAUUGGCAAAUGGAAAGCGGCAGGAAAUCCAAACGUCCUUUACUAUCACCUGUUCCUCACCGCUGAACAGUUUGCAUUUGACAAGAAAUAUGAUUCAGCACAGCAAAAAUACGAAGAAGCCAUUGAAGCAGUAACUGCUGUAGGGCAUUUGCACCAUCUUGGAUUGAUCCAUGAACGGUACUCGGAUUUUCUCGAAGAGCGUUCGAUGAACGAAAAGUCGAUGGAAUCAUUGAGACAAGCCAUCCGCUACUACAGGGAAUGGGGAGCUGGCGUGAAAGUCGAAAGGUUGGAACAGAGACUGUAG